AGCGCUAACAAAGAGAUCCAGCAGAACAGGGUCACGGAACCGCAGCGCCUGCUGCCGUAAACAUCAGCUUAAAAGCAGGACACGUUGUUGGUCGAGCAUGCCCAGUAACGCUCAACUUCUGGAGUCUGACGAUACCGAACCGGAUCUCCCGGUACUGGUACAGAGCCUGAGUGGGUUGAGCCUCCUAGAUGAUGAGUAUCAACUGGAACCACAUGAUUCGUCUCAUCUGGGUGUCCUGGGUGCGGUUUUGGACCUCCAGCCGUUGUCCCAAACUGGCUCAGAAGAUGAGACCAUCAACAACAACAUUAUCAGACAUGAUGGUGAUCUGGACCAGCUGAGGGCCCGGGUCUUGGCUCUAGAACUCAACGACAUUGAGGCCCCAGGGUCGGGCGGGCUCUUCCAGGACGGGCUGGGCGAGUCUCAGGGCCACCAGGAUCAGGGGAGGAUGAUGAUGUUGAUGAUGAUGAUGCAGGAGGGUGAAAGGUCUUCACUCAACACCAGGAGGAAGAGUGUCAACACUACUGAGUGUGUGAUGGUGCCCACAUCUGAACAUGUGGCGGAAAUAGUUGGCCGACAGGGUUGUAAGAUCAAGGCUUUAAGAGCGAAGACCAACACCUACAUUAAAACUCCCGUGAGAGGAGAGGAGCCAGUGUUUGUAGUGACCGGAAGGAAGGAGGAUGUUGUCUUGGCCAAACGUGAGAUUCUAUCAGCGGCCGAACAUUUCUCCCUUAUCCGAGCGUCGCGGAACAAGCUGUCGCCAACCCCGGGGCUCAGCAGUAUCCCUUCUAGCCAUCCAGGCCAGACCACCAUCCAAGUCAGAGUGCCAUAUCGAAUGGUUGGGCUUGUGGUUGGACCGAAAGGAGCAACUAUUAAGAGGAUCCAGCAACAGACCCACACUUACAUCGUCACGCCGAGCCGCGAUAAAGAACCAGUGUUUGAGGUGUCCGGCAUGCCUGAGAACGUAGACCGAGCACGUGAGGAAAUUGAGGCCCACAUAGCUCUACGUACCGCCGGGAGCGUGGAUACUAUCGUAGAUGACAACGACUUCCACUACAACGGCAAGGAUGUCGGCUUUGAGUCGGGCAGCCAUGGAGCCUGGCUCGUCUCCAGCGGUGUGUCAAACUUCAACGCUAACAGCUUCCGCAUCAACGGUGCAGGGUACCGCAACGACAGUUCCAGCUCCCUCGGAAGCAACUCCAGCGAGUCUUACUACAGCGGCAAAGGUAGUGGAAAGGCGGAUCUUAGCCCUACCAGUCCGUAUGGCAGUGGUGGUGCCACCUUCUGGUUUGGUGAUACCCAGAUAGCCAUGGGAUCCGAAGAGUCUGUGGGAUACGACGGGCUGUCAGUGACCGCUCCAUCUUCCAAUCAGCAGCAGACCUUGUGGAGCACCAGUUUGCCAACUACACCACGGCUAUCUCCUUCCCUCCUUGCCCGUAUGUCUCCAUCUCUUCCCAAGGCUUUGGAUCAUCCGCUGGUUCGGUUGAUGCAGGAGAAUUCCCAGAGCCUCCCAGCCUUUGGUUCCGCAUUCUCCCCAUCUAGCGACAGCACAGGCUCCAGUUCCCCGCCGAACGUGCGCACCUACUCCAAAAGCAGCCACGUUCCUAUGUGCAUACGUUGCGGUGGCGGAGACAAUGUGGCAGCACUUGUCCUGGGUGGGGCGAACCACCUCUGUCCCAAGUGUUCCAGUUCCAUCUUGCAGAUCGCAUAGUCUUACCUAACCAUCUGAGGCUCCAAACAUCUGAGUAACAUACGAGAGAGAGAGAGAAGCUGUCAACGUACACCAGAGAAACUAAUGAUAAAUUGGGAUCACAAGUAAACUUGUUUAUUUUUUACAUUGAUGCUAUUUCCUUAAUUAUGAUUAUCGAACUGGGAAAUGCAGGUUUAGAUAAAAAUUCAAAAGUUGAGUUCAUGUCCAAAAUUUUACUUUUUCAUUUAGCUGCUUUUUUUUUUUUUUUUUGCAAGUAGCGCAAGGGUUAAGUAGCGCUAGUUUACCUUCAUCUACAUGUUCUCUUUGUUUUCUCAUUUUAAAGGUAUUGAUUCUAUGUUUACAUUAUACAUGUGCCUGUUUCGAUGUCAACGUUACGUGAUAGGUAUGGGCUGGCAGUGUUGCUGCAAAACUCUGUAAAAAGUUUGUUUAGAUAGUAAACAUCGUUCCCUAAAACUCUCGCGAGAUUUGCAUUUGCCACUACCAAGGUUAGGUGUAGGGUUUCUGCGGGACGCCAGGUAUACCAUGUAUGAAUGUUGCAUGUAAGGCCACUUCCACACUAAUACAUUUUCUUUUGAAAGUGCAUUAAUUUAGCUAUGUUUACGCCUUUUAAUUUGCACAAGAAUGCCGUUUUCCUCCGCCGAAAGCCACAUACUUUGGAAACGGUGACGUUGUAAACUGAAAACAUGUUUCAAACAUGUUAGUGUGGACAUGGCCUUAGUCUUGCAAGACUUUGCAGAACAAGAGUUAACAUCUAGACACGACCCUAUACAAGCAUCUGAGGCCUCUAGUUUCUGUUUUUCCCACACUUGAGCCGAGAAGCUUGAGGUCCAAUGAGAGAGACGGAUGUCCUCCUGACAUUCAUCUUCCGGCUCUGAUGCCUGUACUUUAAACAUCUCCAUAAUCAUUACAAAACUUGGCGGUCGUAAAAUGGCUGCACAUCUCAUUCACGAAAUGCAAACAGAACAAAUUUUAUUGCAAAUUGAAUGUAAAGUAAUUAUUUUUUACUGUAAAUUGGGCCUCAUUCCAGAAAUUGGAGCUGAACAAAUUUCUGUGUAAAUUGCUCAUAAAUCUGUUCUUAUCAAAUAGUUGCAUUGAAUUCAAUGCGAUCAUUUUCGUUAGAACCGAUUGAGAGAAUACAAUUGUCCAUAUUUAUUGAAAAUUCCGUCACAACCUGAAAGUUGUGGAAUGUGGUUAUCACUUCCAUGAAAACAGAACUUUGAGCCUCAUUUAUGAAACACGAGGGAAACGCAUUUGUUUAAAUGGUUCCUAGAACCAUUCUUACGUAAAUUGUCGCAUUCUAGAACUUUUUAUUGUCAAAUAUUUGAAGUUACAUAACAUUGGUUUUAAGAACGAUGUACGCAGAAAUUCUACUUGUGAUUGAUGAAUAAGGACAAACGUCGUAUUCGAUUCAAUGUGACGAUUUACAUUAGAAUAUUUUACGAAUAAUUAUUUGUGAAUGAGGUGCAUUAUGCGCUCGCAUGUGUUCGUAACAACUCUUCUCAUCGCCUUAACUGAACGGGUCCAGCUGAGAUAUACGUGUCGGAGAGAAUGAAAAGGUUUACGGUAAUUUCUUAAAGCGCAGGUUUCGACACUGCUACUGUCGACUUUUUUUGUUUCGUAAUCUCUGAGAACUAAACACUAAAUUCAGAGAAACUUUAAGGCAUCAGUGAUCCAUAACCUGUCAAGAUUAACUUAUCUUUUUUUUUCUUUUUACAAUUUUGUAGUAUUUCUGGAGUUUAUAUUUCAUAUACAAAUGUAUAUAUGAGAUAUAUAUAUAUCAAGAUUAAAUCUAAGACUAUUUGGCAAGCAGUUGGCUGCUGUUUGCUUGGUAUUAGCUUGUAGAGAGAACUGACGUUAGGUACUAUAGAGCAGGAAUACGCACACCUGCACAUUGUCAUUAUCUAACAAUUUCUAAUCUGAGACAAAAAAGCCAAGGAUCCAAUACAUAUAUACGGUGUAUACACUGCAUUAGGUUUGCAUAUUACCAUAUUAUGAUCAAUAUAAAAGUCCUAUGUUAAACAUUACUUGGAAUUUUUGUUUAUCAAACAGAUUUUUUACCUUCACACUGCUACAAUGUUUCUGUAUUUGAUCAUUUUACUGUUCUUUUAUUACGUGUGUGUGUGUGUGUAUGUAUGUGCAUGUGUAUAUAUGUAUGGGUAUAUAUAUAUAUAUAUAUAUAUGUAUAUGCAGGGACAUUAAGGCAAAUAAGUUUUAUUCUUCAAGUUUAAAAUAGAUUUUAUGAUAAAUGGCCUUGCUGUCCUGUGGCCAAAGCACUGAUAUUAUAUAUUUGCUGUAAAAAAAAAAAAAUUAAGAUUUUUAUUUUUCUGAUAUUGAA